AUGGAGCUAAAUUCACCCUUUACAUAUGAGGCAGAAAGAGAAAUCAGCGAGUCUGACUCUAGCAGGGACAGUCAGGAACAGAAACGGAUGUCUGGUGCACUUUCCAUACUGACCACUAAACAGUUUUCAUUAGUUUUCACGGAAUACACGCCGUUUGUUGACUUUGAAACUGGACUGCCCCUUAAAGCAUUCUCAGUUCACGCCGUAGUUGUGAUGAAAGUGUUUCAACAAAGGACUAAGAAGCGUGGCGUGAAGCGAAGUCGUCACACGAUUUCUGCAGGUGAAGAUAAAGCGGGAGAGAAUGCUGCAAGAAAGCCUCACAAGUCAAGCAAAUCAGAUGAUGAUUCCAGCUCAUGGUCAACACCAGAUGAGACAGAAGAUGCUGGCGCUUACUCUGAUUCUGAUGACAAGUUUAUCCUGAGAAAACGAAAGCAUUUAAGUGGCUUAGAACCCAGUGCAAAGAAGCAGAGUGAUAAACGUUUUGAAAGAAAGAGAGAUUCAACAAAGGGUGAUUCUUGGAGGAGUAGUUCCAAGAAGUCGUUUCGAGCGAAACGUGAUCUAAGUGCUAAGAUGAAAGAGAAGCUGGCAGCUAUUGCUGAGCAGGAAAGGGAGAAGAAUCAAAGAGAGCAGUUAACUGCAUCACUGCUUAAAUUAAAUGCUAAUUUGAAGAUGUCAUUGACAGUUGAGGCUCCGGAUAUUACUCGAUGUCUGAGGAUAUUGAAUGACAUGUCAACUUUUUGUGUAACACAUGACAUGUUAGUUGAUCAUCCAGAUAUUAUAGAAACACUGAAAAAGGUUCGCAAGUACAAGGCCAACGAGAAAGUGAUGUCACGUGCUGCUCCUAUCUAUAAGAAAUACAAGGCGGUGUGGUUGGGAGAUGCAGCAGAUGAUGAAGAUAAAGAAAAGCAGGAAGGAACUGAUGAUGCAAUGGAUGACACAACUGGUAGCGAUCAACAGACAGACUCUCCAACUGCCCAUGAAGAGUUGAUGGAGGAGAAAAAGGUUUCUAUGGAGACUUGUGAUGUUAGCAGUGGGAAAGAACUAGGCAGGGAACAGAAGGAUAAAGAUUCAGGUAGAGACGCAGUAGAGCAAAUGUGUGAUGCAGAGAUGAAGACAGACACAUUAAAGAAUGAUGACCUGCAGAUGCAUGGUGCACUGAAAGAACCAGGGAUGGUGCAUACUGUGGAAGACAAUGAAAGUAGAAAAGAUGAAGAGACAAGGGAGGAGGCAGACGUGAGUCAAUCAAGUGAGGGGGAGGAGGCAGGUGUGACAAGCCAGUUACACGAUACAAAUGUAGAUAUCAAGAAAGAGAAUGAGGAAAGAAUGGAAGAUCACAAGACAAAUACAAAGCACAGAGAUGUACAGCUUGAUGAAGUCAAGAAACAUUUACAAUUUCCACAUGAGGAAACUGCUGAGAAGAAAUCUACAGAAGCUCUUCAGACAGAAAACCCAGGACAGUUUUAACAUCAGCUUUCUUUGUCCAGGUCAAUGGGUGUGGGGACUACUAGUAGAGAAUACUCUAUUGCUAUCUGAAUUAGGACAUUCAAUUGCAUUAACACAGCAACUAUGUUAUGUCACAGUGAUAUUUACAUGCUGGUUGGAUUUCUAAUGUCAGGGGCAUGCUGUCUGUUUAUUGACAUAAUUUUCAAUGGAAAUUUUAUUGUAUCAACUUGA